GCCUGGGAGCGAGAGGGAGCGAGAGGGGGAGCGUGAGAGAGAGAGAGAGAGAGAAGAGAGGAGGUGGUGGAGGAGGAGGACUAGUGUGGGGUGGAAAGGAAGAGUGAGCUAGAGCAAGUUGAGGGGAGGGGGUGAAAGAGCCGGCGAAUUCUUUUUCUUUUUCUAUUAUUAUUUUGACGACUCCCGAGUUGCGCCCAUGCUCUUGUCAGCUUCGUUCUAGGCGUAGCAUGGCCAGGCAGAAGAAAAUGGGGCAAAGCGUGCUCCGGGCGGUCUUCUUUUUAGUCCUGGGGCUUUUGGGUCAUUCUCACGGAGGAUUCCCCAACACCAUCAGCAUAGGUGGACUUUUCAUGAGAAAUACGGUGCAGGAGCACAGUGCUUUCCGCUUUGCCGUGCAGUUAUACAACACCAACCAGAACACCACCGAGAAGCCCUUCCAUUUGAAUUACCACGUAGAUCACUUGGAUUCUUCCAAUAGUUUUUCUGUGACUAAUGCUUUCUGCUCCCAGUUCUCGAGAGGGGUAUAUGCCAUCUUUGGAUUCUAUGACCAGAUGUCCAUGAACACUCUGACCUCCUUCUGUGGAGCCCUGCACACGUCCUUUGUCACUCCCAGCUUCCCCACUGAUGCAGAUGUGCAGUUUGUCAUCCAGAUGCGCCCAGCCUUGAAGGGUGCCAUCCUGAGUCUUCUGGGUCACUACAAGUGGGAGAAGUUUGUGUACCUUUAUGACACAGAAAGAGGAUUUUCCAUCCUCCAAGCAAUUAUGGAAGCAGCAGUACAAAACAACUGGCAGGUGACAGCAAGGUCUGUGGGAAACAUCAAGGACGUCCAAGAAUUCAGGCGCAUCAUUGAAGAAAUGGACAGGAGGCAGGAAAAACGAUACUUGAUUGACUGCGAGGUUGAAAGGAUUAACACGAUUUUGGAACAGGUUGUGAUCCUGGGGAAACAUUCCAGAGGUUACCACUACAUGCUCGCUAACCUGGGUUUUACUGAUAUUUUGCUAGAAAGAGUCAUGCAUGGGGGAGCCAACAUUACAGGAUUCCAGAUUGUCAACAACGAAAACCCUAUGGUUCAGCAGUUCAUUCAGCGCUGGGUGAGGCUGGAUGAAAGGGAAUUUCCUGAAGCCAAGAAUGCACCACUAAAGUACACAUCUGCACUGACGCACGAUGCAAUACUGGUCAUAGCAGAAGCUUUCCGCUACUUGAGGAGGCAGCGAGUGGACGUGUCCCGGAGAGGCAGUGCUGGAGACUGCUUAGCAAACCCUGCUGUGCCCUGGAGUCAAGGAAUUGAUAUUGAGCGAGCUCUGAAAAUGGUGCAAGUACAAGGAAUGACUGGAAACAUACAAUUUGACACUUAUGGACGGAGGACAAAUUAUACCAUCGAUGUGUAUGAAAUGAAAGUCACUGGCUCUCGGAAGGCUGGCUACUGGAAUGAGUACGAAAGGUUUGUGCCUUUCUCGGAUCAGCAGAUCAGCAAUGACAGUGCAUCUGCAGAGAACCGGACCAUAGUCGUCACUACCAUUCUGGAAUCACCGUAUGUAAUGUAUAAGAAGAACCAUGAGCAACUGGAAGGAAAUGAGCGAUAUGAAGGCUAUUGUGUAGAUUUAGCCUAUGAAAUAGCCAAACAUGUAAGGAUCAAAUACAAAUUGUCCAUUGUUGGUGACGGGAAAUACGGUGCAAGGGAUCCAGAGACUAAGAUAUGGAAUGGCAUGGUUGGGGAACUUGUCUAUGGGAGGGCUGAUAUAGCUGUCGCUCCACUCACUAUAACGCUGGUCCGUGAAGAAGUCAUAGAUUUCUCAAAGCCAUUUAUGAGCCUGGGUAUCUCCAUCAUGAUAAAGAAGCCUCAGAAAUCCAAGCCAGGCGUAUUCUCAUUUCUGGAUCCCCUGGCUUAUGAAAUCUGGAUGUGCAUUGUCUUUGCUUACAUUGGAGUCAGCGUAGUUCUUUUCCUCGUCAGCAGAUUCAGCCCUUAUGAAUGGCACUUGGAAGACAACAAUGAGGAACCUCGUGACCCACAAAGCCCUCCUGAUCCUCCAAAUGAAUUUGGAAUAUUUAACAGUCUUUGGUUUUCCUUGGGUGCCUUUAUGCAGCAAGGAUGUGAUAUUUCUCCAAGGUUUGUUUCCAUGCCAUACCCAAUGCCUCCUUGCAUUUUAUGGCCAUGAUCCAUUCAUGUACAUCUGGUAUUCAUUCAUCUCAAGUCCAGAUUUCUUUAACAUUCCAUCCAAUGACAAAUUAUCAUCAAGCCAUUUUGUUUGCUUUCGUCCAUGAAAUGUGUUAUUACUGUCACUUUGAAUGUCUUUCAUGCAUUUCUGUGGCAUCAUCUAUUCAUACAUAUUAUAGCAAACAUUUGAACUGUGGAUAAAGGCAACAUUGCCAGCUAAUAUUGAUAUUAUUCAGAUAAAGCUAACUCUAAAUCUUGAACAGAUCAAACAAGCAUGCUUUCCUAAUUGAGCUAAAACAUUUUCUCACUUGUCCAGAGAUUGAAUCUAGAAAAAAUUUAAAAGAAGACAGAACUCUUCUUUAAAACUCUACCUUCCCCUUUCAGGGUCCUCCAUUUUUCAUUUUUUCUCUGACUGCCUAGAACUGUUUCACUAUAGUACCUUAUCCAAGUUUAAUCACUAAAACUAUAAAAUUUCUAAAAGAAAGCACAAGAGGAAGUCCACAUGACCCUGGAUUGGACAAAGAAUUUUUAGAACACAAAAAGCACAAUCCACUGUAAGAACUGAUAAACUGGACUUCAUCAAAAUUCAAAACAUUUUGUAAUUCAAAAAACAUCAUUAAGAAAAUGAAAAGACAAGCCACAGUGAGACAAAAUGUUAGGAAAGCACAUGUGAUAAGAUAAAGGGCUUUUAUCCAAUAUAUAGAAAGAUCUCAUGCAAUUCAAUGAAAAGAUAAGCAACCUGAAUAUAAAAAUGGAUGAAAGAUUUGAAUAGACAUUUUUCCAAAGAAGACAUACAAAUGGUUAAUAAUCUCAUGAAAAGAUGCUCACCAUCAUUAGUCAAAGGGGAAAUGCAAAUGAAAAUCACAGUGAGACACCUCUAUAUAGCCUCAUAGACACCUCUAUAUAGCCUAUAUAGAAUGGCUAUAAUCAAAAAGACAGACAAUACUAAGUGGUAACGAGGAUGUGGAAUGACUAUAGCUCUCAUCCAUUAGUAGUGUGAAUGCAAAAUGCUACAACCAGACCGGGAAACGGUUUAGCAGUCUCUUAUAAUUAGACAUAUACUUAAAACGACACAGCAAUUCCACUCUUAUUUACCUAAAAGAAAACAUAUAUCCACACAAAGACUUACACACAAAUGUUCAUAGGAAUUUGAAUUAUUAUAGCCAAAAGGUGGAAACCCAAAUGUCCAUCAACAGAUGAAUGGAUAAUCAAAAUGGUAUAUCCAUGCCACAUUUGGAAUGGGAAACUAUUGAGGAACUAAAAGAAAAAAAAAAGACAGAUACAUGCUACUACAUGAACUUAGAAAACAUGAUGCUAAAUGAAAGAAGCCAGAUGCAAAAUGCCACAUACCAUAUGAAUCCAUUUCUUAAAUUCCAUUUAUUGACUAUCCCGUAUUAUUUCAUUUGUCCAGAAUAGGCAAAUCAAUAGAAACAGGAAUCAUGUUAAUGAUUUCUGGGGCCUUGGAGGGAGCAGAAAGGGAUUAGAAUGGGGGUCAGAAUUAGGGUGAGGCAAAUGAGGCUGAGUACAGCAAGCACAAGGGGCAGAUCGUUUUUAUUUUAAAAUUUGCUAUUUUUUCAUCAUAAAUUUUUGUAUUAAUUUUGAUUUUUUAAAAAUAUUGCAGUAAAAUGCUAUUUAUCUUGAUUAAUGAGAUUUGGGCUCUUCCUUCAAUGUGUGGGGGCAAAUGCCUCACUUGCCUCACCCUAGUCCCAUCCCUAUGGAGAUUAACCACAAACGGACUCAAGGGAACUUUUCAGAGUGAUGGAAAUGGUCCCAAACUGGAUUGUGGCAAUGGUUGCCCAACUCUUAAUUUACUAAAUUCAUUCACUGCACACGGACAUUGGUGGAUUUUGUGGUAUGCAUAUUUUAUCUCAGUGAUGCUAUUGAAGAUAUUGAAUGUUAAUGUCCUAGACUUCACCCACUUAAAGUGUUGACUCAUCUAAACAACUGUGGUGGUGGAUUCAUAAUCAGAAAAUAUUAUAAGCAAAUAUAACAUCUAUAUAAUCAGAAAAAAAUGAGUUUUUUCUUAAAUAAAAAGUUUUAACUUUGGUAAAAUUGAACAUGAAUCCAAAUACUGACCAGAGUCAAUUACACAAACAUCAGUUUGGUUCAGUUCAGUCGCUCAGUCGUGUCUGACUCUUUGCGACCCCAUGGACUGAAGCACACCAGGCCUCC